CAAAAAUCAAAUAAGAAGAUUAAAAGUAUAUUAGUAUUUGAAUACUUGUUUGGACUUUUUGCACAAAAGAGAAGAAGACCUGUUUGGACUUUUUGCACCAAAGAAGACGACCUGUUUGGACCUUGGAUACCCAACGUAAACCCUAACCCAGAACCCGCUCCGGCCCUUCACCUGUGUCGUCACUCGUCAUUGCUGUUUCUCUCUCAGUCCCUCUUCCGCUCUUCCGUUUUCUGCAAUUUGUGCAGACUUUCUUCUGAAAAUUUUCGAGCAAUGGAGGUGAGUGGUUUGAGCUCUGGAUUGUCUCUUCCGAGCGAAACUGUUGUGAGGUCUCUGUUCGAUGCUUUGGUAGCCGAGACCGUUCUGGUUUCUCAGAGAUCUGCUGCUUUUGUCCUCAUGGUGAUGGGAUGCUUUCUCAGGAGUGAUGGCACAUUCCUCAAAUUGGCAUGUGUUGAACACGGGUUUCCCUUUGAGGAGCUUCACAAGAAGACUAAAGCUGGCGCUGAGAAUAAGGAUGGCAGUGAUACCGAGGAUGACGAUGAAGAUGAUGAAGAUGAAGUUUAUGAUGAUCAUGAUGAUGAAGAUGAUGAUGAUGAUGAUGAUGAUGCAUCUGAGGAUGGUGGAGAGGACGACGAUGAUGGUGGAGAUCCUGAGGAAAAACAUGAGAAUGAUAAUGACGACGAUGACGACGAAGAUGAUGAUGACGACGAUGAUGAUGAUGCUGCUGAUGAUGACGAGGAGGAUGAGGAGGAGGACAAGGAUGAGGAGGAUGAGGAGAAGGAUGAUGAACCUAAAGGACCACCUUUGAAGAAGAGAAAGUGAAGGUGUAUUUGAUGUUCAUUAUGCCGCUGUAAUGGUUGGGAUUCAAUGUUAGUAACUAGGACUGAACUUUAAGCCUUGUGUGGCUUCUUUGUAGCUUUUAGGAAUUGGCCCGUCCUUGUUUAGACACUUGCGCGCUUGCGCUUUUAUUAUUCGAGGGAUUGAUGCGACUUUUGGUAUAUGCUACUAUAUUUUUGUUGAUGAUCUUUUUUCCAUUUCAAUGUCAAAACAUUUUAAACAAUAUCAUAACUCUGCGUUUUUCAAUUGCUCCAUAUAAUAAUAUGACACUUUGAGG